AUGGCCAGCGCCACAACACACUUGUUCCCUGAUACCGGCGUUGCUAUCAUGUCAUCAGUACUGGGAGGCAUUGUAUACGGCUUUUCAGUUCUCAUGUUUAUAGGAACUAUCUGGAUAUUCACCUACAAUAAUCGCAUCCGGAACGUCCGAGUCAAUCGGCCAAUUGCUGCGGUUGCAACCCUGUUGUUCUUACUGAGUACCGCGCACACGGUCGUAGGCAUAAUUCAACUCGAAGUUGGGCUAGCGAAGUAUCGCGACACAUUCCCAGGCGCACCAGUGUCAUUCUUUGCUGAUAUUUCCCAAAUAUUGGUGGUCAAGGAUGUGAUAUACACAUUGCAAACUCUGCUUGGCGACGGGGUAGUGAUUUAUCGAUGUUACGUUGUUUGGCCAUCUGUCUGGGUUAUCGUCCUACCAUGCAUGAUGUGGUGUGGUGUCGCAGCGAUUGGUGUUUGUAUGGUCUACGACGUUUCUCAAGCGUCGACUAGCGCCGGAAGUGUUAAAGAUGCUGAACGAUGGGUCGUGGUGUUCCUUGCCUUUACGCUUGCAACUAAUUUGUUCAGUUCAGGAUUACUGGCGUAUCGCAUCUGGAUGAUCGAGCGAAAGGUCUCUAAAAUUCGCACUACGAAGGGCAAAAAGCCUUUACUACGGGUGCUUGUUGAUUCCGCUCUUUUAUACACUGUAUCGCUCUUCCCCUCACUAAUAUGUUCCGCCCUCUCGAACAAUGGAGAUCGUAUAAUGUUUGAUGUAGGAGACCUGGUCGUCCCAAUCAUCUCUAUUGCAUUCUACAUGGUGUUCAUUCGCAUUGCGAUCAGUCAAAAUAAUCAAGAUCACGUCUCGGUUGUUUGUGGAGGGACAACUGGGAUAUAA